UUCGGUUCGAGGCGUGGGUGGUUAGCCACGGGAUUUUUCUCUUUUGGUGGCUGGAGGAGGAGGGGUUGCCAAGCUAGCGAGCGACGUUACGCAGACUGGCUAAACUCGUUCCAAUAGCGCGGAAAGUCGCCAAAGUUCUUUGAAACUCCAGUCGUGGCUCGGAUGGAUUGUGUCAGAACGAAAUGGGGCAACCAGAUAGUUGAGGUUUGAUGAGGAAAGGCGUGGGAGCCGCCUUUAGCUGGAGUUAGCUUGUGUCGGGUUAGCGAGUCCCGGCGUUCGGGGAGUAAACGGAGUUUUUAUCCUAAUUAUUCUCAUAUCUGCUCAACAAUGAGAGGAAAAUAAAGAACCAAACACAGAGGCGGUUAAGCGUUAACUACUGGUCUGGUUCAGUUGUCGGUAAACGGGUGGAAAUCCCUCUUUGUUGGGUCGAAACGACCACCGAGUGAAAGAGUGAAGCUCCAAAAGCUGCUGCUGUGAGAGGAAACCGGAGGAGAAACGCAGGGAACGAAGAAACGGAGGAAAUCCCCCGAAAGGAAAUGCCAAUCGCAGCCGCUGGCCAGCCCACGACUCAGGAGCCCAGAGUUUGCCCCCUGCUGCCCUCCACCCCGGAGCCGGUCCCCAAAGGCUCCGAUCUGUUCGACGAAGCGGGGGCAGCGGCGUCGGCGGAGCUCACGGAGGGGGGCUUCAGUUUCAGCCAGAGCCUGGCGAGGGGCUUCAUCCAGCCCCGAGCGAGCAGCGGCUCCCCGCCUCAGUCCCCGGCCGCGUCCUCCUCCCUGCUCUUUCACCCGCUGCAUCAUCAGAUGGCCAUGCAGCCGCCACGGACCCGCUCACGGUCUCGCUCUGGAUAUUACCAGCAGUAUGGUGUCGGGAAUAGCAAUGCGAUGGGAUCCAAUCAGCAGCAGCAGCAGCAGCUCGGAGCUCACAGCACACUCGCGGAGAGCCAGCUGCGGACGCCGGGAAGCAACGCCUCUCCCGGCGUCCAGAGGCUCUCCGCGGUCCCCGGAGCGCACCGCAUCCAAGUGGCAGGAGCCUCUGUUGGGUCUUACCACUGCCAUCCAGACCCCGCUUAUGGAGAGGAAAGGGACAAGAGUGAGGAAAGUCCCAGUCCAAAGCGCCAGAGGAUGUCCAGUCAUUCUGUCCUAGAACAGCUCACCUCAUCGGCACCCCCUCCAUCCACGCCUUCUCCCCCCAUCCGCCCCUGGGAGUCGGCCCCGCAGAGUCGGAGACAGCCUCACCACCACACACACUACCUCCAGGAGCGCUGUCUCACCCCUGUGCGACUCAGACGCAGCCCCCCAGCACGCCGGCAGCGUGGCCGACUGUCAAGGCCAUCCCGUCACCUGCCUCCUCACUACCAGUCUCCCAUCCAAGGAGCAACGCCUCGGCUGUCGCCAGCAGAGCUCCAGGACGAAAACUACAACCGCAACCCGCCUUCAUCCACCCACCAGACGUACCUGACGCACACACCCAGCUCCUACGCCCAGCCUCCCACCGCUGGUGGUGAUGGGUCCGCUUCAGAGGAGCCUCGGGCUUUCCACCCCCCCACCGUAUCACCCCGACUUCUGCACCCAGCUGCUCACCACCCCCCUCACCACCAGCAGCAGCAGCAGCCUCAUGGAGCGCAGCAGCAGCAGCAGCAGGGACCCAUGGUCCUGGACCUCCAUGAACGGCUGCAGCAAGGCAACAUCCCGGUCUCCUACACGGUGACCCCAGUUCCUCCUCACGGCCUUGCAGCUCCUCUGUGUGGCAGCCAGCAUCUCCCUCCUUCCUGCUCCUCCCAACAGCAGGUCCCUCCUUGCAGUGUGGUCUUCAGCACUGGACAACACUAUCACCCGAUGUUACAGGCGUGUUCGAUGCAACAUUUGCCCGUUCCCUAUGCAUUUCCCCAACUCCUGUCCAGUGACCCUCAGUUCCUGAUUUCUUCUGCGCCUCAUCUCAGCCACCAUCCGCCUCACCUCCCGACGGCCGCACAGUUCCUGCCCUUCCACCCGCAGCAGCCGCGCUCGCCCCUACAGCGGAUCGAAAACGAGGUUGAUAUUGUGGGAGAGCAGCUGUCCGUCAGUGGGAACUUCAGCUAUGCCCACCACCACCACCACCACCACCAUCACCAGCCUCCCUCCACCCUGUCGCCGUCUGCGCAUCUGCAGUUCCUCUCGCACCAUGACCCCCUGCCGCAGGAGCUGUUCGCCAUGCCUUAUCCACACUUCAUGCCUCGUCGAUUCACCAGCCGACGUUACCGUUACCAGCAAGCCGUGCCCCCGUCUCCCUACCACCCCAGUUUUCUGCCUUACUUCCUGUCUAUGCUUCCUGUUCCCCCGAAUGUGACCCCCACCAUCAGCCUGGAGCUGGAUGUGGACGAUGGCGAGGUGGAGAACUAUGAGGCUCUGCUGAACCUCGCAGAACGUCUUGGGGAGGCAAAGCCGCGCGGUCUGACCAAGGCCGAUAUCGAACAGCUCCCGUCGUACCGCUUCAACCCCAACAACCGGCAGUCUGAACAAACACUGUGUGUCGUGUGUAUGUGCGACUUUGAAUCCCGCCAGCUCCUCCGCGUACUACCCUGCAAUCACGAGUUCCAUGCCAAGUGUGUGGACAAGUGGCUGAAGGCUAACCGGACCUGUCCCAUCUGUCGAGCCGACGCCUCUGAGGUCCAACGGGACUCCGAGUGACGGCUGGGACCACGUCUCCGUUCACUCUUCAUCCCUCUACUGGUUCCGCUUCGUCAGCGUUCUUCCUUUUGCUGAUGAAGACCACCCACCUCUGCUUCUGUCUGUUUUGAAGUGGUCCUACCAGCCUCUCCCAGCUGAUGUGACAGACUCUGUGAUUUGACUUUUAGGAAGACGUUUUCAUUCCAAAGAUAGGAACUAAACACGUUUGGGCAAUCAGUGUCUGUGCUGCUUUUAUAAACGAGUUGAGGAAGACUGGUUCUUCAUCAUCACAGCAACA